UGGGAGGAGGAAAGCGCCAUUUGAGGAAUUAAGGACAGGUUCAGUCAAAGGAACCGCUGCAGCUGCCGGUAGGAGGAACGGGAGCGGCCAAAUCCUCAUCCGUGGCUGCUGCAUCUGCUGCUCUUUCUAUGGUGCAGCUCUGAGGACUCGUUAAUGACUCCUUUGUACGACUCCCAAGUAUUCCGACCUCUUCUUUCGUUCAAUAUUUUCCUGUCUCUUUCUAUCUCACUCAAUCUGCUCGAAGAAGACUGACUUGUGGAUGGAAGAGAGAUGGAUAAUGACUCCCACUUUGAGACAUUCCAUUCAAUGCGCUGCAAGUGUUUUUUUUCUCUCCAUAUCUUUUUAUUUCUUUGUUUCUGAAGCAGCUGUUUGGGGAUGAGUUGAGCUCGAAGGGCAAGGAAGCAAGGGUAGCUCGCGCAAGAUUUCCCGAUCACUUUGAAAUGAGCUGUGGGGGCCUGUUCUCGCGUCAAAUGCCUUUCCUCCAACUCCUCCAAGGAGCCAUGCAAGCAGAGGAAGAAAUGGUGGGAAAGGAAGCCCAGCUUCAUUUACAACAGUAUCAGCAACGGAGCUUGUCCACCUCCUACCCACAGGAAACCAACUUCCAGCUCCACCAGAUGCGGACCCAAAGCUUGAAGCAACAGCGGACGACCGAGAUGGACUCAUCCCCCGCGGCGGAGCAACUGGAGAGUUGCAUCACUCACUUAUCUGAAUCGGAGACGAGAACCGUGGUGCACGAGCUCCCAACGAUGGCGGCCACGACGGGUCUCAUCGUGACAUCCGCCGCGGCAACCUGCUCCGGCGAAAGGAAGAAGAGGAUGCGCCGGCGGCCGGCGUCGGCGUCGAAGAGCGCGGAAAAGGAGGAAAGUCAAAGGAUGACUCACAUAGCAGUCGAGCGCAACCGCCGGCGGGUCAUGAACUAUCACCUUGCUACCCUCCGCUCCCUGAUGCCCCAUUCCUUCGUCCAACGCGGCGACCAGGCAUCCAUCGUCGGUGGAGCCAUCGAGUUCGUAAAGGAGCUCGAGCAGCACCUCAUCUCGCUCCGGGCACAGAAGCGGCUCCAAGCAUCGGUGUCCGUUUCAUCGAGGUCCGACGACAACGACAAGUGCAGUGCGCCUGCUCUGCACGACGGUUUCUUCACCUCGUCACAGUACAGCGGUUACUUGGAGUCUCAGGAGGAGGAUGCGACAGCGGUGGACGUGGAAGCGACGUUAGUGCAAGGGCAAGUGAACCUUAAGGUGGCCGCGCAGCGGCGCCGGGGGCAGCUGGUGCGAGCCAUGGCUGCCAUAGAGGAGCUCCGGCUCUCCAUCCUGCACCUCAACAUCACCACCCUCGAACCCCCUUCCAUCCUUUACUCCAUCAACCUCAAGAUGGAGGAAGACUGCAAACUGGGGACAGCGGAUGAGGUUGCGACGGCGGUGCACCAGAUCUUUAGCUACAUCAACACCAGUUAAUGACAUGACACUGGAAUUGUCGGGACGCACGAGAGAAACAGGGAAAGAGUGGGGAGGGACGGCUCGAGGGUGGACCCCGGCCACUAUUGCUCAACUGUGCGGAAGAGCGCAGCAGCAGCAGCUUUCUUUCAUCCUUAUACAUG